UAGCUUAAGGAAAGCUUUUGUAGUGAUCCUGAGUUGGGAGACUCGUUUCUAAAUAUUAUUAGCAGCAACCUGUCAAAAUAAAAUGCGGCGGUUCAGCUUGAUUGUGGCGGUUAGCGAAAACUCAGGGAUCGGAAUUGAGGGCGACCUUCCAUGGCGUAUACGAUCGGAGCUUAAGUACUUCAGCCGAACAACUAAACGAACCAGUGAUCCCGGCAAACGUAAUGCUGUUAUCAUGGGACGGAAAACUUAUUUUGGCGUUCCCGAAAGCAAGAGACCGCUGCCCGAUCGACUGAACAUUGUUUUGAGCACCACACUGCAGCCGAAGGAUCUGCCCGAGGGCGUUAAACUGUGUCCCAACCUGGAGACGGCUAUGAAGCACCUCGAAGGCGACAACGAGAUCGAAAACAUUUGGGUCGUAGGCGGCAGUGGAGUAUAUGCGGAGGCAAUGGACUCAGAACGCUGUCACCGGCUGUACAUCACCCGAAUACACAAGAAGUUUGAGUGCGACACUUUCUUCCCCAAGAUCCCCGAAAGUUUCCGCGAAGUCGCUCCCGAUCCGGACACACCUCCAGGCAUCCAGGAGGAAAACGGCAUUGAAUACGAGUACAAAGUGUUGGAGAAAGAAACCAAAUAAACUAUGCCUUUUAUUUACUACGAA